UGGCUCCUCGUGACGUACAUGAGAGAAAAGCUCCUUUUUGCCGCGGCGCAAGACAAGAAGAUUAUUAGUAUACGCGCAGGGCAGGAGACUAAGCGCGAGGAAGGCGGAGAGACUUAAUACUAGUUUUCGUCCUGGUCGGUGGAUCACCCCACUUGUCCGUGCGCGUGUGAACUGUCCUGAAACUGAAUGAAAGCCGCACAGACAGCCGCUCUUCCUGCUCCUAGUGACAGGCUCUCGUAGGUGAGCAGCCUGCAGGUUCACAGUUAUUUUAAGCAGCUUUGCCGGAGCCUUUCUUUUUUAAUUCAGGAAGAAGAGAAGGGAGUGAAAGUCAUGGGCAGAGGUGGAGAAUUGAAAAGAAGUUAGCGCUACAGGAAAAUAAGCUUUGGAAAAAACAGACUGACAAAGAAGAAGUGUCCCGGAGAGGGAAGAGGAACAGGAUGGGUAUGGAUUUCAGCACCCUUCGGACCCUCAUCAGCAGAUAUUGUGUUGGUGAGGAGAACUGGGUGGACAGCAGGACGAUUUAUAUUGGACACAAGGAGCCUCCUCCAGGAACUGAGGCCUUUAUACAGCAAAGAUUCCCUGACAACAGAAUAGUCUCCUCCAAGUACACAUUCUGGAACUUCAUCCCUAAGAAUAUGUUCGAGCAGUUCAGGAGAGUCGCCAACUUCUACUUUCUCAUCAUAUUUCUGGUUCAGUUGAUCAUCGACACUCCCACCAGUCCGAUCACCAGCGGACUGCCGCUCUUCUUUGUCAUCACAGUCACCGCCAUAAAACAGGGUUACGAGGACUGGCUGAGACACAAAGCAGACAACUCCGUCAACCAGUGUCCUGUCCACAUUGUGCAGCACGGGAAAGUGGUCUGCAAACAAAGUCGCAAGCUCAGGGUUGGAGAUGUCGUCUUCAUGAAAGAAAAUGAGACUUUUCCCUGCGACCUUAUCCUUCUUUCCACAUCUCGAGAUGAUGGGACCUGCUAUGUUACUACAGCCAGUCUGGAUGGAGAGAGCAGCCACAAGACAUACUAUGCAGUUCAGGACACCAAAGCUUACAACACAGAGAAGGAGGUGGACUCUAUCCACGCUACCAUAGAGUGUGAACAACCACAGCCGGACCUGUACAAAUUUGUGGGCCGUAUCAACUUCUACAUGAACAAUGAGCCAGUGGCCAGGCCGUUAGGAUCAGAGAACCUGCUGCUCCGAGGAGCCACACUCAAGAACACUGAGCACGUCUAUGCCGUUGCCAUCUACACUGGCAUGGAAACCAAGAUGGCUCUCAACUACCAGUCCAAGUCUCAGAAACGAUCUGCAGUGGAAAAGUCAAUGAAUGCCUACCUGGUGGUCUACCUGUGCAUUCUCAUCAGCAAGGCCUUUGUCAACACGGUGCUGAAAUAUGUGUGGCAGGCCGACCCCAACAGAGACGAGCCCUGGUACAACCAGAGGACAGAAGCAGAGAGACAGAGACACAUCUUGAUCAGGGCGUUCACAGACUUCCUGGCCUUCAUGGUUCUUUUCAACUACAUCAUUCCUGUCUCCAUGUACGUUACCGUGGAGAUGCAGAAGUUCCUGGGCUCCUAUUUCAUCAUGUGGGACGACGAGAUGUUUGACGAGGAGCUGGGAGAGCGAGCUGUGGUCAAUACGUCAGACCUGAACGAGGAGCUGGGACAGGUGGAGUAUGUGUUUACAGACAAGACAGGGACUCUAACAGAGAACAACAUGGAGUUCAUAGAGUGCUGUGUGGACGGACACGUUUAUAUUCCUCAUGCUAUCUGUAACGGACAGCUGAUGCCUGGUGCAGCCAGUAUGGACAUGAUCGACACAUCACCGGGUCCUGAGGCCAAGGAGCAUGAGGAGCUGUUUUUCCGGGCACUGUGUUUAUGCCACACGGUGCAGGUGAAGGAGGAGGAGACAGUGGACGGGAUCAAGCAUGGCAUCCACCAGGGCAAGUCCACUUCCUUCUACAUCUCCUCAUCUCCGGACGAGGUGGCGCUGGUGGAGGGCAUGAAGAGGCUCGGUUUUACCUAUCUGAGACUCAAGGACAGUCACAUGGAGAUCCUGAAUAGAGAGGAUGAGAUUGAGAGGUUUGAGCUGCUGGAGGUUUUGACAUUUGACUCAGUCAGACGGAGGAUGAGCGUCAUUGUCAGGGCCAGCACUGGUGAGCUCUAUCUGUUCUGUAAAGGUGCAGACUCCUCCAUCUUCCCCAGGGUUGUAUCAGGCAAGGUGGAGCAGGUCAAAGCUCGGGUGGAGCACAACGCAGUGGAGGGUCUGAGGACACUUUGUGUUGCCUAUCGGCCUCUGAGUCCCGAACAGUACCAGGAGAUUUGUCACCUGCUGAGCGGGGCCAAGUUAGCACUACAGGACCGCGACAAACGACUUGUUGAGGCCUAUGACCUCAUUGAGAAAGAUCUGAUACUGCUGGGAGCCACUGCUGUGGAGGACAGGCUCCAGGAAAAAGCAGCAGACACCAUUGAGUCCCUCCACAAGGCAGGGAUGAAGGUGUGGGUGCUGACCGGCGAUAAGAUGGAGACAGCGGCUGCAACCUGCUAUGCCAGCAAGCUUUUUCGCCGCAACACCCAGAUCCUGGAGCUGACCACCAAACGCACCGAGGAGCAGAGCCUACAUGACGUCCUGUUUGACCUGAGCAGGACGGUCCUGAGGCAGCACGGAGGCAUGACCAGGGACACCUUCUCUGGUUUAUCAGAUGACUGUACUGACUAUGGUCUGAUCAUCGAUGGAGCCACCCUCUCUGCGGUGAUGAGGCCCUCCCAGGAGGACUCAAACUCAGGGAACUACAAAGAAAUCUUCCUAGAAAUCUGCCGCAACUGCAGCGCCGUGCUCUGCUGUCGAAUGGCACCCCUGCAGAAAGCACAGAUUGUGAAGCUGAUCAAAGCCUCCAAGGAGAACCCGAUCACGCUGGCCAUUGGGGAUGGAGCUAAUGAUGUUAGCAUGAUCCUAGAGGCCCAUGUUGGCAUCGGUAUCAUGGGUAAGGAGGGUCGUCAGGCAGUGAGGAACAGUGACUACGCCAUCCCAAAGUUCAAACACCUCAAGAAGAUACUGCUCGUCCAUGGACACUAUUACUAUAUACGCAUCUCUGAACUCGUUCAAUACUUCUUCUACAAGAAUGUCUGUUUCAUCUUCCCCCAGUUCCUCUACCAAUUUUUCUGUGGCUUCUCACAACAGCCUCUGUAUGAUACAGCCUACUUGACUCUGUACAACAUCAGCUUCACCUCGCUGCCCAUUCUGCUCUACAGUCUAAUCGAGCAGCACAUUAACAUGGACAUCCUAAAGAAGGACCCGUCUCUCUAUAGAGAUAUUGCUAAGAACUCUUUGCUGCGGUGGCCCAUCUUCAUAUAUUGGACUUUCCUGGGUGUAUAUGACGCCAUCGUGAUGUUCUUUGGUGCUUACUUCCUGUUUGACAACACCACCUUCACCAGCAACGGACAGAUGUUUGGAAACUGGACAUUUGGGACACUGGUCUUCACUGUGCUAGUCUUCACUGUUACAUUCAAGUUGGUUCUUGAUACUCAUUAUUGGACUUGGAUCAACCAUUUUGUCAUCUGGGGAUCACUGAUUUUCUUUGUGGUCUUCUCUCUGCUGUGGGGCGGCAUCAUCUGGCCUUUCCUCAACUACCAGAGGAUGUACUAUGUGUUCAUGCAGAUGUUGUCCAGUGGUCCGGCCUGGCUUAGUAUAAUCCUUCUAAUAGCAGCUAGUCUGCUGCCAGAUGUGGUGAAGAAGGUCAUCUGGAGGGCGCUGUGGCCCACAACUACUGAACGCAUACAGAAUGCUGAUAAACUCUACAAGGGCCAGCUCUCAGAGUUCACCCCCCUGGCGUCUCUCCACGCCCCGUCCAAGGCUGGCAGCCACCGACAAGGCUCGGACAACCAAAGGAACGCCCCGACCCUUCGAAGGUCUGAGCCCUAUAACAAGAAAAUCAUGUUCACACGCUGGCAAAGAAGGCCAGACUACUGCACCUUCACCCCUCUUCUCCGAUUCACCGAUGGCUCCCCCCGCUCGAAACAGGGACAUGCCUACUGCGGGGCGGGGCCAGAGACCUCAGUUUAAUUUAUUUCCGUCUGGUGUUUUUUCUUAUAUUCUGAUAUCAGAUACAGUGGCAUCCAUUUGGAGUUUAACUGAGCAAAGGAGUAAUUCUAAUGAAUUGGUACCAGAAGCUGAGCAGGUCACUGCUAGCGGCACUGGAAAGUAAAGUAACUGAAACUAAUUUAUCUAUCUACAAUGCCGGGAGUCAAAUAACGGACAAUGUUGUAAAUAGCAAGUAUCUGUAAUCCAUCUGUAAAGGAUUACAAUGAAAGUGACCUUCUCAACUGUUCCCAAGUCAGCAGCCAAGUAUGGCACAAAGCACUAUGGGACGGCUCUGGAAAAGGACUCCUCCACAUGGCCCUGCUCGCUGCCACAACGCGAAAAAAGGGCUCGGUGUAUUGAUGUCGAAUCAAGAGCUUUGAUUUCUUAAACCGUAUUGUGUCACACUGAAAAUAUGUGCACUGGCCCUUUACGUCUGCCUGCCUUUAAUAAGCAGCUGAAGUGUACUUUACCCCAAUUAUUAGGAUUUAUAUGAGGUUUUUUUAAAAACGAUUAUGGCGAUAAUCAUGAAGUGUUGUGAUGCUGCUGAUGAUGAAGACAGUAACAGCGCUUAAGCCAGCUCGAGCUUUCUCUGACCAAGCAUUGUCUUUUCUUCAUUCCUACCGUCUCUCCCUCUGUCUGUCCUGUUCUGCCUCUUUUCAGGACUAACUGGUGUUGCCUGUGUGCAAACAUGUUAUCUCGAAAUACUCCCUAGGACUCUGGGGCCAGCUCCUACAACACUGUAAGGAGGGGUGUAGUUGAGCAGAAAAGCCUAAGUGUUGGAUAAGUAGAUCUGAGGUGGUCUUUUUUUUAUUAUUAGUGAUUGUAUAUUAUGUAAGUCCUAAAGAAGAAAAAAAAAAAGGCUGACUUUAACCUCACAUCCAACACGUAAGCUUUCAGACUCACAUUAGGUAGUCUAGAGCAGUGGUUCUCAAAUGUUUUCACAUCAAGGACCCCUAAACUAACACCAAUGAGACCACUACUGCCAUUUGGUAAGCUUUUGUCACAGCGUUCCCAUGAUGUUUUAGUACAGAAAGUAUAUAAACCUCAUGACCAAAAUAGUCAUGCUUUCCGUCCUUGUGUUAGUCAUUGAUGGAAUUAUAGUAAAAAUAAACAAUUCCCCUAUUUGCUGAGGCUACCUGGAACCCCUUUAACGACCCCUGGGGGUCCCCAGACCUCACUUUGAGAACCAUUGGUCUAGAGUGUGUGCUGAUAAGCAGUAGUUAUUAGUGUGUGUGUGUUGUAUUAAUCUCUGCAGGAUCUUCUUCUGUCAUUUUCUCUGUCUUUUUCUGUCUUUAAAGCACUUUUCUGUAGAGCUUCAUCUUAUAUAUAUUGAUAAUGUUAUACACAGAGAAGUUUUCUAUGGCUUAUUGUAAUCCAGUAGAAGGGGCUAUGUGACGGCUUCCUGGCUGUUUCUUAAUGCCUUAAUGUGACCUUGUAACUACUACAUUAUCUUCCACCGAGACCAUUUACCAAAGAAACAGAAAGUCAGUGUACACACUCAUGGUUCUAUAGAACAGCAGAAAGAAUAUGAAAUUUAAUGAUGUCGCUUGGGGAAUUGUAAAAUAUGAUUGUAGGAAAAUGCACUUCCCCCUUGUUUCCUAAAUUCCUAAAACUUUGAUUUUUAAUUGCAUGCUGUUAAAGCUUAAUUGCGUUCACUUUCCUCAACGCACCUUAAAAAUGUACAAACGUGUCCUCAUUGAGAUAAUCAUAAUGGAUCAUAAGGAUCAUAUAAAGUGCCCCAGUUUAUGUCUAAAAUAAAUACACAGUUAUUAUGAGAAUUUAUCAUUUGAAAUAUAGCCAUUUAUUGAUGAGAACACCGACACAUGUCAAUCCAAGUCUUACCGGGAAAUCAAGACCAUAACCAUGAAAAUUAUUCAUACGGUGAUGGUUUUGGUUUUAUUUUCAUCAUAAACAGCCAAGAAAACUAAAACAAAACACACAAAUUUAGUCCAACAACGGAUGUGGACAUGCAGAAACAAAAAAUAUUAAAUGACACAUAUAGCAUAUGACAUAUUAUGCAUAAUAAAUAGAAAAAUGACACUUGAUAAAAAGUUGAAAGAUUCCAUGAAAGGGACUUUAACUUAUUGGAAAACAGUGAAUCUUUAAAGGCAACAUCAUGCAGGUACACAAGUGGGUGUACAGCCACAGAAAACGUCACUGUAUUUGGAAACUAUUAGAAGCGUUUAAUUAAAAUUACUUACCUGUAUCACUUAACCUUAUAUUCUCAGUUUAGGCCUACAUGUGUGCUAAAGGUGCUUAUUUGUUUUCUUGCCGAGAGUUAAAUGCAAAUAAGCAUAUUGCCAAAAUUGGGGUAUCAGACAUGUUUUUCCCCCUAACAGCAAGGAAGGUAUUUUAGUUUGCAGGUCUAAUAGCUCAGUAAUGCAGGUAAUGCUCUUAAAAGCCUUAUGGUGUUGUUACACGAGCCUAAUGAGAUUCUUUACCUUGAGACCGGCCUUUGCAGUGAAGUCUUUGAAUUCUGUCUCACACUUUUCUGUUUCAACACUUACCUGCUCUGUCUUUCUUUCUAGCUGUCUCUCUGUUUCUGUCUUUCUCUCAUUCUCCCUCUGGGGAAGUGAUACUGACGUAGAAGUUUCCCACCUCUGUGAGAGCCACCUCCAAUCGUCUGAUCAUCAUCAUAUUCAUCAUCAUCCUCUCGUCUGUCCCCUUCUGCAUCUUCUCAGCCAUUCCCCAUUCAUCCAUCCAUUUAUCCAUCCAUCCAUCACUGUAAGACAGAGUAGAAAUUAUAUUUUGUUCUCUACUUUUAAUAGUACGUCUAUGAACCAAAGCCUUGUUGCUGCUAGAGAUGCAUUUAGCUGCUUUACAUUAGGUGCCUUGUGGUAGUUUUUCUGUCUCUGCUGAGCUGUCUUUGCUUGCUUUAUGGUAAAUUUACUACUAAUAAUAUUAGACAUUUGGAUUGUACAAAAGCACUUCAGAUGAUGGAUGUAUGGAUGCAUGACUGAGAGUGUGGAUAAGUGAGUGAAAAGGUGAAUGUAAAAAUUAGUUUUACGCAGGUUAUACUGUCCAAGAAGACUUAUUUGGAAACAAACACAGCACUGAAAUAUUACCACUGAUGAACAAGUUGCACCAAAACAUUCAAUGACUUAUGUUUAAUAUCUGUUUUUACACUAAAUGUUUUUAUUCUAAAUGUUUUAUACAUGUCCUGGACGGCAUCUGUCUCUGAAAUAUUAUUUUUACCAUUUUCUUAUAUGUAUAAAGUGUAAAAGUCCCCUUUACCACAUUAGAGUGAGUGACGGUCUCACUGGGAAGCUAUCAGUCUGAUGUGAUGUUGUCUUUAAUCUUUUUUUUAAUGAGAUGGAAAACUUGAAGAGCUCCAGCUCUGUUUGAUCGAUCAUCUGCAGUCGAUCAAUGUUAUGAGGUGGGACUUUCUUUUCUUUUUUUAUGUUCUGUUUAUGUUUCCUUUUAUUUUACCAUCUCUGACUUGCUCUCACAAUUCUGGUUUUCUAUUUUUAUUUUUAGAUAGAUAGAAAGAACAGCAAAGCAAACUUGUUCUUAUACUGUCGGAUUUUGUGGUAAAAUCCAAACUUUUUAAUAAGCCAGUAUACAUGAAUUCACACAGUAUGACCAAAGCUAAUUUGCUCAGAGAUGGAAUUAAAACAGUGAUUAAUCUGAUGAAAAUCAAAAAAUCAAACUACCGAUAAAUAUUGCCUUGCAUGUAAAUUACCCAUUGCAACAAAUGUGGCCUCCAAGCACUAGCCCUUGUGGUAGUAUUAUAAUUGUCUUACUCUUACAUGUCAUAUAUAUAUAUAUUCUAUCCACAAACUACUCCAGAGUCAUAAAAUCCUUUUAUUGUGCGAUAUAACAGAAUAGGUUCUAAUAAUUUCUGAAUUGAGUGAAGUCAGUCAGAUUGCAAAAACUAAGAAGUUCUCAUAAAGAGGAACACGAACACACAAGUUUUUGUUCUUUAUGAUUGAAUUUGGCACUUAAAGUUAUCUUGGAGUCUCUUUCUUUUGGAGAAUUAUCAGAAUAUCCGAAUUAAUGCCAUAACCCCCUUCUCUGUGUGAAGUAAUCUGUCCAAGAGACGGUCAGGUCCUCUUUCUCUGUCUGUUGGAGAGGCGUUACAUAACUGUGGAAUCCACAUUUUUUAAUGACUAAAAUAUUAAAUAAGUCCCCACAGUUACUGUAGUGCUUUUUGCAUGUAUGUUAGAGGAGUUUUUUGUUACUUUCUGGAGACAGUAUUUUGGAGAGUGUCUUAUUUAUGUAGAAGAGUAUUCGAAACAAACAAACUUGAGUUGUGACAAAACAACACUGGACAUGUAUGUAUGCAUAGCUUUUAAGAUUUAAAAAAAUUUCUGUGGUGUUAGCCUAGAUACACCCCUGCACUGAACCGUCUCGUCUGAUGAUUGACACUCUGCUGUAGAAACCUUUAACGCCAUUAAGGGUGGAUUCAAGGUCUUACUGUACCAAACACUCUUGUCGUGUCCUGAUCUUGCAAGACCAGAAAAAACUGACAGCCUUUGAACAGAAUGUUAUCUGGAUCUUUUACAAUGUGUGUAUCUGUUUUUCUCAUAACCAACAGUACCUAUGUAUACACACACAUCAUAUAAAUGUAGUUAUGUUAAUUGAUGUACAGUUUUAAGGUCUUUUUAUAUGCAGUUUUUAACAGUCAUAUCAAGAUUUACUGUGGAUUUUUGCCAACCUUUCUGUAGCUAUCAAUGGCAAACAACUGUACAUUUGCUCGAAAAUAAAAGCCAGAAGUCGAACUAUAAAA